AUGGCUAUCCUCAUGCACACAGCGAGACGGAAGAUUUUGAUACCAGAGAAGGUCUCGCCAGAUGGACUGGCAUUACUCAAAGACCAAUUCGAUGUAGACGAAAAGAAAGGACUAAGUCCAGAAGAGCUCAAGGAAAUCAUCGGCGGAUAUGACGCCCUCAUCGUACGGUCGGAGACGAAGGUGACAGCCGAGCUUCUGGGUGCCGCCAAGAAUAUGAAAGUCGUUGCACGUGCCGGUGUUGGUGUUGACAAUGUAGAUGUUCAGUCGGCCACUUCACACGGUAUCAUUGUGGUGAACUCACCUUCUGGAAACAUCAAUGCUGCGGCGGAACACACCAUUGCGCUGAUGAUGGCUGUGGCUCGCAAUAUUGGAGAUGCAUCGCAAAGUAUCAAAGCUGGGAAAUGGGAGCGAAGUCGGCUGGUGGGUGUGGAGGCAAAAGGCAAGACUCUAGCCAUUGUCGGCCUGGGCAAAGUCGGUCUCACAGUUGCUCGUAUUGCUAAUGGUCUGGGCAUGCGUCUGAUAGCCUACGACCCUUAUGCAAACCCGAACUUGGCUGCAGCGGCAUCAGUAACCCUCCGCCCAAGCCUAGCUGAGAUACUGAAAGAGGCCGACUUCCUGACCCUACAUACUCCCUUGAUCGCCUCGACUAAAGGCAUGAUCGGCAAGGCCGAACUAGAGACAAUGAAGCCAACGGCCCGCAUCCUCAACGUAGCACGCGGCGGCAUGAUCGACGAAGACGCUCUCGUGGAAGCUCUAGACGCUGGUGUCAUCGCUGGAGCAGGUAUCGACGUAUUCACCUCCGAACCACCCGAACAAAACUCAUCAGCAUCCCGCCUAAUCGCCCACCCAAAAGUCGUAGCAACCCCCCACCUCGGCGCCUCGACCAAAGAAGCCCAAGAAAACGUGUCCAUCGACGUCUGCGAACAAGUCGUCUCAAUCCUCAGCGGCGAUCUCCCCCGCUCAGCCGUCAACGCACCCAUCGUCUUGCCAGACGAAUACCGCACCCUCCAACCUUUCAUCAGCCUCGUCGAGAAAAUGGGCAGCCUCUACACCCAACACUACUCCUCCGCGAAAACCGGUUCUUUUCGCACAACCUUCGAUCUCAUCUACGAAGGCAAGCUCGCUACGAUCAACACCACGAAACCCCUCUUCGCGGCGUUGGUUAAGGGACUUCUCACGCCCAUCACCUCCAGCGACGGCCUAAACAUCAACAUCGUCAACGCUGAAUUACUAGCCAAAGACCGCGGCAUCCUCAUAAACGAACAGCGCUCCCGCGAAAACGUAGAAGACAAACCCUACUCCUCUUUCAUCACCUUGCGCGCCCGCGCCUCACGCUCCGUAUCCCAACAACCCCAUUCGCGUAACGCAUCUCCCUCCGCCGCGCGGGCCCUCCAAAACACCACCACCACCUCCUCCCCCUCUUCUUCUUCCUCCUCCUCCGACCAAAUCAUCCAAGGCUUCGUCUCCGGCAACAAACCCUUCAUAUCCCGCCUCGACAAAUUCAAAGGCGAAUUCGUGCCUCGCGGCACUCUGCUCAUCUGUCGCAACUUUGACAGUGUGGGUAAGAUUGGGCGGGGGUGA